UAUUGAUCUACCGGUUCUGACGAGCACGAGCCGCGCGCAUGCGCCCUGCAUUGGGUUGUUGCAGCCUGAAAGCUAGCAAACCUCCGCGCGAGACAUCGACGGGAGCAUCUCCCCGCGACCUCCCCGGAGACGGCAUGGCAGUCAACGUGUACGCCACCUCUGUGUCCAUCGACAACCUGAGCCGCCAUGACAUGCUGGCAUGGGUCAACGACUCGCUGCACCUCAACUAUACCAAGGUGGAGCAGCUGUGCUCAGGACCGCCGCGGACGUCCCCAACCGUUCCGAAGAACAUGCCGACCCCGCAGCGGGUCCAGCACAACACCCCGGCCCUGAAGAAGAACACAUCCUUGUCCAGAAACGGCGGCAGCGAUGGAGAAAUCCUGGAGCUCAACCAACAACUGAUGGAGCUGAAGCUGAUGGUGGACAGUCUGGAGAAGGAGCGCGACUUCUACUUCAGCAAACUGCGGGACAUCGAGCUGAUCUGCCAGGAGCACGAGAGCGAGAACAAUCCCACCCUCAGCAGGAUCAUCGACAUUCUCUACGCCACAGAGGAAGGGUUCGCCCCUCCAGAUGAUGAAGACCUGGACCAGCAAGCUCACCUGGACCAGGACGAAUACUGAGCCGUCCUCCACUGGCUGUCUUUCAUUUCCCGCUCUUUUCUGUCUCGUCCUCUUUUUUGCCAUCUUUGAUUUCUCAGCCUCAUGGUUUGUGUAUGUUAUAGUCUAGUGGUAGAGCGUCUGCCCUGAGACUGGGAGGUUGUGGGUUCAAACCCACUGUGGUUGAGUAACACCAAAGACUCCCUGCUGAACGCUCAGCUCUACAGAGGUGGAAUGGGGGGGUCAACCCAGAGCUUGUUGCCUCACACACCUGGGGGGUGUGGCAACUGAUGAGACUUCAACCUAGAAACAAGAAAGUCAUCAACCGAGCUGCUUCCAGGACAAACACGGAACAACGGAUCUCCAGACCUGAAAGCUUCAGUCAAACCUGAACAACCGAACUUCUGCUUGACUUACAGAGAUGGGCUCUCCACGUUUCCUGUUUGGUCGUCCUGGUCUCCGGACAGACCAGAGAGGACGUGAACGUCCACGUCGUCCACGUUCUGUAGAAAACAGCAGCUCUCAAACGGAACCGGCCUCGCCAUGGAUGUUCUGCUGGACGGAGGUGGCGUGGUUUGAUGCUAACAAGCGUACCAGGAAGUGUAGCAGACGUUCACUGUGAUCAGAGCCAAAAUGUCUGGGGGGCCUUUGCUUGCAUGGGAGGCAUUUAAGCCCUAUUUCUGAAAAGAGAAGCGAGGAGCAGGAACGAAGUUUUGGGGUCGGAGAACGCGCUUUUUUGCUAGUUUUUAUUCUUAAGAACCCCCCCCUCGCUUCUUUAUGUAACACAGGAAUGUCAUGUUGAGUCUGAGCCCAAACGCUGGUUUCAAGUUUGUACAUAUUUGUUUUGCUCGGCUGCUUUUAUUUAUGUAUGCCGUUGAAGAGCGUUUGGGUGAAUUCCAAGCAGCUUCACCUGCAGCUGCUACCGGUCAGGAAAGUCACUAUUUAUUUCACUUCUUUCUCCUCAGUUAUUUUAGCGACGCAGAUCUGAGGUCUGCACAGCUGGUUUUGGUUGUGUGGUUCCACAGCAUGACGGGACGGCCGAGGAUCAGCAGUUAGAGGUCACCCGCUGAAGGAAGUCUGGAUGGAUGCUCCUGCAAGCGGGUGGAGGCGCCUCCAUCAGCACCGUACUGAUGUAGCAGAUGUGUUUGUUCCUUUCCUGUGAAGGUGUGAUGACAGCAGGUCACUGCUGGCAGAAUAAAGGCGUUCUGACCGUCUCUGCUGACGUGAGUUUGGAGUAAACAGCAGUGAGCACAACCUGCUGUUCUCUCCUGUUACACAACGUCAACAUUUACACUAACGUCUCUGAACGUUCUGAUGGUCACAUUUCCUCCUCAGCUGCUCAGAGAGGCUCUUUGUUGUCUGAAGAGACACAGUCAUAUAUUUACGAUGACUGAGACCAUAACAUUCUACUGUCAUGUGUGAGGACAUUUGCAGAAACAAAAACAUGUCAACUGUCAGAUGAAGAACUGAAAGAACAUAAAAUCAGAUUGAGUUUC